CAUAGCCUAAAAAGUAUCUUUCCCCAUGGGAUCGACCCUUACUUGCCCUAUCUAUAGGUUUUGUGAUGAAUAUUGAAUCAUAAAGGGGGUUAAAAGUUAAGGAAAUAAUAAAUUAAUUUGUAGGUGCUACGACACGCCUAACAGUUUGUCCUCUAGUUUCAGGUGACAUUCAGCUCUGUGACACGACAUUAACAGUAAUGUAUUCGACAUUCAGUGCAUUCAUCGAUCUCGGAGUAGGUUGGCUCUUUUGCGAGUCGUGAUCUAAGAUUCUCAAACAACAUAGUCAAGAUAAGGUUGGUUUGUUAUGAUUCAUUGAUGUUAUUUCUUUAACAAUUCUUUGAGUCAUACUAACGAGAGUAAGUGGGGCGUUCUACUAUCGUCAUCACUAUCAUUAUCAGCAUCACCAAUGCCUACUACUUAGACUUUGUAACGUGUCAGAAGCCCUUCAAUAAUGAGUUUGCCUAGUGACAACCACAUAUCCACAUGUCAAUGUCGUAACUUCUUUUAAGUUCGCUUCAUUCAGUUUAUCUUGUCAACAAGGUACGUCGACACGUAACGUCUUUUUAGAUAGAUCAUUCAUCAUGUUUUUUUUGUUAGUAUCCAGCCACAACAUUACACUACGAUGUGCUGGUGGUAAGUAUUAUUUUCUUUAAUUAUUGAACAAGUUCUUCUUGUUUUUUAUACGGCCAUUCCCGUUUGAUACCAAAACAAGAUUCUCUCGUCCAUCCAGGUCUAUAGUCCCUUCAGAAUUUGGUUAUCCACUUCGGUGAUCAACGAGAUAAAUGAAUAUCAGAUAAGAUAUGUUACUGUGUGUACAUUCAUUCUUACAUUAUUUUAAUUUGUUACCUAACAUCUUGUUGUUAGAGUUUAUGCUAAUGUUCACCUUAUGGUAAGUAGGUUUCAUCUACAAGGUGUGAAUUCCUAUCUUCGUCUUUAGCUUCUCGAUAAGCGCAAUAAUCAACAACAGUUUGUAGCUCAACACAGAUAUUCCAACCGUCAACUUGACAUAGACAUUCAAGCAAUAAGCUUCAUACUAAUAUUUGAGCAAUCAGCUUAGCACAACUAUUCGACCAAUACGUUCCAUACAAAUAUUCGAGCAAUAAGCUCUCUAAAAACAGUUAAGCAAUAAGACAAUAGUUUAUUACCUUCUAAGAGGCAGAUAUGACGUGGAAGAAGCGGAUGCAGUACUUGGAAAUAACUUUUGUCCUUGUUAUUAUCAUCAAAGUAAUACUAUAUCCACUGUUGCCAUCGUCGGAAGUCAUGGUGGUAGGAGGAGCUACCCGACCCGCGUCACCCCGCCUGACGUAUCCUCACUUAUUCUCGAUUUUGAAGAGGAAACCGACGGAGUUUGCAGGGUCCCUGGGUUUUGAGAGGGCGGCGUCAGAGCUGCUAUCUAGAUGUUAUUGCAUGUUCCCCGGCUGGUUUCGUCGUUGGGGUCCUUGCCGGAGAAGCCAAUCGUUGGUUUGCUAGUCGAUGUUGCUCUCGAGGAUCGUCGUUGCUGGGACUUACACCGCCUCUCGUCCUCGUUGUCGUGGAUUCGCGCUUGCCAGAGACGAAGACCAGACUUGGUGUGGUGUCGGCGUCCAUCGAUCGGAGAAGGUGGCAGGGCUAGUGGCGGUGUUGAAUUAGAGAAGUAGAAGAAUCUGAAAUAGGGGCGUCGUAUAAAACGUGUAUUUGUAUCCCAGGGUUUGUGCUUAUUAAUUGAAAAUAGCGUGUCUGUGUAAAAUUAUACUUUUCGGGGCAACAUGCUCCAAAUUUAGAUCCAUUUGUGUCCUUGUAUUCGAUUCGUCAAUCCCUACCUAACGAUAUAACUUUUAUAAUCAAUACACCAACAUUUA